GCGCCGCCACAGAGGAAACCUCCGUAACAAGUUCUUAAACGUGUGUGUCUGUAUAUACAUACAGAUGUGUAUGUAUAGAACACCUGCCUGGCGGCGGCUCCCCGGUCCCCGCCGUCCCCGGGUGCCGCAGGGGGGUCCCGGCGGGCCAUGCUCCAGAAAAGGGGUUUCUUGCCAGGCCUGUCACCGGUGCUGCAGGAGCGCCCCAAAGCGGGAGGUUCUCGUAGGCCCUCUUGGUCCCUCUCGGCUGAAUCGAUUUCCCCCCAGCCUGUGGCUUGGAUUAUUCCUUAAAUCAGGAAAUGUGUGUGGUGGUGGCAUCCUAACUGGCUCCUCAAGAGUGGCCAGGACACCGUGACAUUUCCUCGCUGUUCUACAACAUGCACUUUUCAAAUACUUUUUUUCUUCUUCAUUACUUUUAAUUGCGGCCUCUGUUUCCAAAAUCGAAACAAGGUGGAGGGUCAUCUUCGAAUUAACUCCCUUAACUUGGGAUGCAGAAUUCCCUAUCUUGCUGCACUCAGGAAGGCAUGACUACUAAUUUAAAUUUUAUUAACAUUGCAGAUGUAGAAAACACUUAUUCUGUUCUUUAAUGCAAUCCUACGUAUUGUACACUUAGACUGACACAUCAAUUUUAGUAACUCUGGCUCCUUUUUUUAACUUGGGAAGCUAACAUUAACACUUGCUCAGGUGUCUUGCCCCCCUUUUUUAAAAAAAUGGUUAGUACCUUUAAGUGGUAAUUUGGUAAGGAUUGUUGAUAUUCAGGUGCCUGAAUAUAUGUUUAAGUUAAAAGUAUAACUUAUACUACUGUCUUAAGCCCUCAAAAAUGCCUUUGAUGUGUUCUAAUAGUACAAAAAUUCUGUGCAAAAACUAUUUGAGGUGUGAUAAAUUACCUUUUUCAGGAUCAAAGCCGUUUCCUCGCUAUGGAUAUAAACCGUCACCACCAAAUGGUUGUGGAUCCCCUUUAUUUGGAGUUCAGUUUGACAUUGGUAUCCCUUCAAUGACAAAGUGCUGCAAUCAACACGACAGAUGCUAUGAUACUUGUGGCAAUAAAAAAAAUGAUUGUGACGAGCAGUUUCAGUCCUGCCUCUCCAAAAUUUGCAGAGAUGUGCAGAAAACGCUUGGAAUCUCAGAGAGCGUCCAGGCUUGUGAAUCAACUGUUCAGCUGUUGUUUGAUGCGGUUAUACAUUUAGGAUGUAAACCAUACCUGGAUAGCCAGAGAGCUGCAUGUAUGUGUCAUUAUGAGGAUAAGACAGAUCUCUGAAAGAAGAUACUGAGAUAUCAUGGUGUAGAAUAAAUUCAAAGACCCAGCUGGAAUGAAGCAAGUGUUUGGUUACAAAGCUUUAUGCUUUUCAGACAAUAAUAUAACCACUGACAUGAAUACACUGGUUUGAAAGUCACUAUGAUAUUCUUCCUAAUGUAUAAAAGAAACAAAUAUUCCUUCUCUCCCUUUAUGCCAGAAGCUUGGAAACUGAAAUUAGUUUCCUUUGGUGUAUGUCCACUCAGGGUAUGCUAUCGAAAAACACUAGUGCCAUUUUAAAGUUUUUAAGAAAACCCCAUAAUGAGGAAAUCGGAGGCACAGAAGAGUUGUAUUGAAUUCUCAGAUGAUUUUUAAUGUAGGUCAAAUUUUAGAUUUACUAGCAGUUGAUCCAUCUGAUAGACUCAACAGGAAAGAGUAUUUUGUGUGUGUUAAUAUGGCAUCUUAAAUAGCCUGUACUUUCAUGCUUGUGGUACAGUUGCUUUCAGUUCUCUCUGGAUGUGAUCCCAUGGGUUUGUUUUUAAAAAAACAACAAACAAAAACCCCCAAGCAAGGGUAUACAUCUGCACUACAUAUUUCUACCCGAUUCUCUAUCAGCCUUUUGCAGCGCUUUUCAGAUCACAUAUGUUGAUCCUGUUAAGGCUUGACCACUAAAAUGAACAGUUUGCAACCUAAGGAUAUACUUCUGAUUUGAAAAAAUGGUGGAAUGUAGUUGCUAUGUUAUUUUUAAAAUGAAUGUUUAUUUUUCAAAUAAAACAUUUUGUGUUGUGUAUUAUAUGCAUAGAAAGGAUAUAUUGUUCAAAUAAGUUGAUUUAUAUGUCCUGUGGCACAACUUGGUUACUGUAUUCAUCUUUGCUUUCAUUUAGCCUGUUCUGAUGAAAACUAAAAGUUCCACAGUUAGGGUCAGUAUGCCCAACAAACCUUUUUAUUUAAAAUGCCCUCUGUGAGGCUGACAGAUAUUUAAGCCUGUAUUUCUGUCAUCUGUUCCCACGACAUCUGUGAGGCUGAGAAACAUCUGAGCCUGUACUUCUGUCAUCUGUUCCCUCUCUGACUCCUCUAGAUGAAAUCACCUGAUAUCUGAAUUAUGUGAGGUUUGUUCUCUGUACUGAUCUUUCAUUGCUUAUCUCCAGUUUUCUUCCUUAGUUAACUUUUGCAUUAGGUCCUCUGUCAGAUUUGCUCACUUGCUGCCCUGAUUCUGCCUUAGAAAACCAC